CACAAAGUGCUACUUGGCUAGAAAGAUAAAACUAGAGGACCCAACACACCGAGGCAGCUCAUAUAAAUCAACAAGAUCAAAUCAAUUCUUUUACCAUGGUUGACAAUAUUGUCACUAUGACUGUCGGGUUAGUUUUGAUCGCCACAGCUCACAUGAUUUCCAACGGCUCCAGCCAAGCAGGGGUCACCGGGACCCUCGGCAGCAACAUCACCCUUCAAUUUCGAUUCAAUGACACUGUCCUUCAUCAUAACAGUCACGUUGCAGUUUAUGUAAAAGGCGAGAGAAAGAUUUAUGAGUGUAAAAAGGCCAAAGCUUGCUCAGGAGGAUGUUUUCUUAACAUUGACCUUAACAAAACCUCUGUUGAGUACCACAUUACAAAUCUCAGAUUAAAUCACAGUGAUCUUUACUGGGUCAGUUUGUUCGACUCGGUACCUCCCAUAGACAGUAAUAAGGUGCAGCUGAUCGUCAAAGAGGAGAACAGAAGCAGCACAGUUCCUCCGUUGCCGACUCACAUCACAAUAAUCGAAGACAGUGGAAGUUCCAGUUUCUUUUCCUUUCACAACGUCAUUGUCCUUGUGGUUUUACCUGUAGUGCUGCUGGCUGCAGCACUUCCCUUGUUGAUCUGGUGUCUCGUGAGUACCAAAGAACAACAACAACCACAGCAACGAAACUCUAAUCCCACAGUACAGGAAACAAGCCUGGAAUCCAACAGGGUACCUCCACCCUCACUGGUUUACAGCAUCCUGGACUUUCCUAAAAGACCUUCUCCAAUUUUGGGGAUUAAUCCAAAUGACACAGAAUACGCAGCCGUCAACUAUCUCCCAGAAAAUAGAAUGUGACACACAGCUGAAUGUAAACCGACUAGUCUGUCUUGGUUUGAGUAAAGGUUUUCCAGAUGACUUAUAUACUGUCUAUAUAAACUAAAAAUAUAUUUCUCGGAGGUGAUGAAUGCUGUUUUUGUAAUAGAGCCAUGAACCCUCCAGGAUGUGAGCUUCUUGCAAUAAAUUACAAACAAUGCAGUUUUGACUUGAUGGGUCAUAAGUAUGUAGGUCUCGCUUUGUUUUUGGUGGUCGCAAGAUUGAAUGUUGACAGUUGCCAGUGGCAAACCACAAGCCACCAUAUACACUGUCGCAGUAACAAACCAACUUUGCUUUAUUUGUUUCAGGGGAAUUUUGUCAUUGUUAACAAAUGCCCUAAAAAGACUGAAACCACCAAUGAACUGAUUUUACUAACAUCCUACUAACAAAUGUCCCACGUAACUAAAGUCUAUAGAGCUUCCAUUGUAAUUUAUUCAAAUAGAUUAAAUUUCGUGUUCCUGGGGAAAUAUUCUGAGAAUGUUUUUUUGUUGAUGAUAACAAAAACGUUGAAAACUGCCAACCUUAUCUUUUAAAGUAGCUAUUUGUAAGUUUUGCCAUUGCUACAUAGCAGCUGUUUACUUGCCAGUCUUGCUAAGAGUUUCAACCAUUGAUGCAUUUACAAUACAGGAGGUUAUAAUCUGCCUACUGAGUGGCAGUACUGCUUCAGGGCAGCCUGGAUGCUACAAUGACUUCUAAUUGGAAGUUGACGAGAGGUGCCGGCAGGGCAGGAGCUAUCUGGUUAGCUUGCUUGCUGGCUAGCUUGAUAAUUUAAGUAGAAGAAAAUAAGUGAUAGUAAUAGAAGCAAAACAAGGGGGUUGCUUUCCAUUGCUAGAGACAGCGCUUGGUGAGUACAGGAUUGAAGUUUGAUGCUGAACUCACAAUAUUUCUUCUAGACUGGUAAGUGAACAGCUGGUAAUGCUAACGUUGGCUAUGUAUAAAUAACAAAACUUACCAAUAGCUCCUUUAAGUCACAUUACAGCUUAAGUACCCAUAGAUAAUAUUGUCACCAUGUGUGUAACUACACUUCUAAGGCUGUGGAGGUGUGAUAUCUUUGUGAUAUCUUUAGUAUUUUGCAUAUCCUCUGUUAAUAUUUAGUUUUCAUUCCAUUUAUCACAGUUUUGAACUUUUGACUCAUCAACCUUCCUCUGUUUAUGGCUUUUAAAAUAAACAAAGCCAAAAAUAACUAGUGAAAUGAAACAGGGACAUGGUGAAAUCUUAUUUGUAGAUAAAGAUCUGUUACCAGCUCAACAGUAUUGUAUCACAGAAUACAGAUGUGAUCUUUCCAUCUACUGACAGUUUUUUCACACUCAGUAUUACACAUACAACAUCUGACACUAUCUCACUACCAUUUUCCAUUGCAUGGCAUCUGAAGUUCUCUUUUAACUGAGUGAUGUUUUAAUAGAUUUGUCAGACAAAUUAUUGAUUUAGUUCUCAUACCAUGUAUUUUUAUGUGUUACAAAUGUAUUAUGUAGAAUAAAACUCACCCAACAUAUGUACAUGCUAGUGACAGGCAUCUCACAUGUUGGUUGUUACUCAGGAAGGAAAAUAACUGACUAAGCAAGUAAAUAAUGACAGUGGUGUUAAGAUCGAUGGUCACAUGGCAAUGCAACCAAACACAGACUGAAGGUUCAUCUCUGUUCUGAAAACCUUGGCGGUGAAAUAGCAAAAGUAAAAGCUACAAAGCUACAAAGUUUAUUGUCCCAACAGGUGUUAUUAUUUCACAUAUUACUGAACAGUUUCUUCCUGAAAAGCACACAGUAUUUUGUGAGUGAAUGUCAAAAUAAGAAACUUUUGUGUGUGUAAAUAAUGUUGUGUUCAUAAUUGUCGGUUCUAUGAGUCUCAUGUACUGUAAGUAACAGCAGAGCAUGUUCGAGGCACUAUAUGAAAUGAGAUCAAAUGCACUGUGCAUGGUUCACAUUGUGUGUUAGUUGUAAAAAAAAAAAAAGAAGUAUUCUUGUACUUGUUAAGCUUGUGCCCUGAAUAAAA